CUCCCUCUCCCUUUGCCAUCCAGCUGUUUGUGGUCAUCAUGAACAGCUUGGUGGCUACACCACCUGUGCCUCCUCAUCACUUUUACGAAUACUCCCGUCCUUCUCCCUCCCGUCCAAUGUCUACUCCCAUUCACACUCCCAACAACCGCAAACGGAAAGCCGACGAUGAGAAUGAUCACGAUGGUCGAAUGUCAGCGUCACCUACCAACUCUCCCGCCUUGACUCCGAGAACCCUUCCAGUAAACCGAAACAUCAAGCGUGCUCGUCCAAAUGUCAGCGGACGGCCUCUCGCUCUCCCCCGACUGCUGGAGACCCUGGACACAGACGCUCUUCGGGGCAUCCUCCGGACUGUGUGUGAGCGUCAUCCCGGUUUGGUUGAUGAAGUAGUCCACACAGCACCUCGACCCAGUGUGGCAUCUGCCCUUCAAGUCCUUCGACAUUACGAAUCCGCCCUCCAGUCGUCGUUCCCACUCGGUGGCAACUCCGAAUCAGAUUAUGCAUACAAUCGUGUCCGACAACCACUGGGAAAUCUUCUAGAUGCCUUGAGCGACUUCACUCCACACUUCUUACCACCUCACGAGACGCAGUCGUCUGUUUCUUUGAGUUACCUGGAUGGUGCGACCGACAUAAUUCACGCAUUGCCCCGUUGGAGUACACCACAGAACAACCUCGAGCGGGAUUCCGCAUACGACGAGAUCUGCAAGGCUUGGAUUCUGGUGAUUCGGGAGGCAGCUAAGCGUGGAGGGGGAAUUCAGUUACAGUACGGUGGUUGGGAUCAGAAGUUGGCGAAGCACAAUCACAACUCGGGCGGUAAACUGCAGGCAGCCGUCAACGAGCUGGGUUCCAGUUUAGGAUGGAUGCACAGACCGGAUGCCCAAGGUUAUGGAAGCCCAGGCGGCAAUGACCUUGGGUCCAUCCGGGAGCAACUCCUGUCGGGCACAUACGGGCUCGGUACCCCCGUCAAGGUUGGGCCAUGGUGAAUCCGGUCAGCCAUCGACAACCGCAAUCCGCCUUUAUCCUCAUUUCCAACCAUCACAUCAAUUUCGCGACACUCUCACCCGCCCUACAACUUCUAGGGCUCUGUCCGAAUCCUCGACCGUGCACGUCCACGUAUGAUACGAUCACGACUACCUACUGCAUGAACUAGAGUUGAGGGUCAGCUUGGCGUUUACUGUGUGCAAGCAAACAUAUUCUUUUUCGUUUUAUUUUCCUAUUUCCCCUUUUGUGUCAUAUCUCUGGACGCCAACCCCAUGAUUUCUAGAUUGUCAGAUCAAGGCCCAGGAUCCUUCAUUUCGUCCCAAAAUUGCACCAUGAUUCUGCAUUGUCACAGCCGAGCAUGGUACAUUCUUUCAUUCCUUUCUAUCAUCAUUUCCUUCCACUUCAUGUGUUCUUCUUCUGUCUCGGCGAUAUAUACUCGAACCGCCGUGGAAAAAAACCGCUUCAUUCUUUCAG